GGCGCAGGAAUUUUCUCGAUGAGCAUACUGUACUGCAACUUUGCUCGGUAGGUAGAUUUGUCUAUGUAGUACAGUAAAUAUACCGUAGCAAACAGGUACGUACCUACCUUGCUGAGUGCCCCACCAUUACACACACAUUGGGCAAAGAGGGAUGAGAAGCUUUCUUUGUAUUCGGAACCAAAAAGCGCCAUCUUCAACGCCAAUUCAUUUUCUAUCUUUAUUUUUUCUCGCCUGCAGAUAAAAAUAUCACACAGGAAGGAUCAUUCAGAAUAAAAAAAUGGUCCGCCACAAGAAGGACUUUAACAGCAAAGGCAAGCGCCUUCACCACGGCCCGCCAAGGGGUAGCAGGCCACCCCCACGUCGCCAAGACAACGAUGCCGGCGACGAUGAUGGUGACGAGAACGACAGCAGCAGCAACAGCCGCAGCAACCGCUCGCCCCCAGCCUUCAAGGCCGCGUGCUGGGACCUGGGUCACUGCGACCCGCGCCGGUGCUCGGGCAAGAAGCUCAUGAAGCUGGGCAUGAUGCGGCCGCUGUCGCUGGGCCAGCGCCACCAGGGUGUCAUCGUCACGCCCAACGGCAAGACGGUCGUGUCGCCGGCCGACCGUGAGACGCUAGAGCAACACGGCGCCGCCGUCGUCGAGUGCUCGUGGGCCCGCACCAAGGAGGUGCAGUGGUCGCGCGUCGGCGGCCGCUGCGAGCGCCUGCUGCCCUACCUUGUCGCCGCCAACACGGUCAACUACGGCAAACCCUGGCGCCUCAACUGCGUCGAGGCCCUGGCUGCCGCCUUUGCCAUCUGUGGCCGGCUGGAGUGGGCCGCGCAGAUCCUCGAGCCAUUUUCCUACGGUGCCGCGUUUUUGGAGAUCAACGCUGCGCUGCUCAAGAGAUAUGCGGCUUGCGCAGAUGCGGACGAGGUCAAGAAGACCGAGGAGGAGUGGAUGGAGAAACUGGAGAGGGAGUAUGCCGAGAGUCGGGAGUCGGAUGGGAAGGAUUUGUGGAAGGGCGGAAACAUGAAUCGGCGGCCAAUCAUGGAAUCAGAUGACGACGAAGACGAGGAUGGAGAGGAGUCCGGAGAAGAUGGGGAGGGUAGCGAUGGGAGAGUGGAUGGCAUAUAUCUCGGCAAGAAACCUCUAGGAAAACAGGCAGAGGCCGACGACGACGAUCAACAACAGUCAAAGGAUCCUUUCGACAUAUCCGACGACUCAGAUGACGAUGCGGCCAUGGAGGAAAUCCGCAGAAAAGUACUAGCGUCAAGGCCAUUCGCAGAAUCGUCGGCAGCGGCAAAGACGGGUAUCGAAGUCGACGACAACAAACCCGCACCAGCCUCAAUCCCUCGCCCACAGCCAACAAGUAAUAGCAACCACUUCACGCCCGAUCUGGAAGUAGAGCCAGAUUCCGACAAUGGUUCGGAGGACGACGAGUUUGACGGCAUCAUGUCCGCCACUCCCGUGACUGACCGGGUGGGACUGGCAAAGUUGGAAAAGGAGAGGGCGAGGGCGGCGAUAACAACGCGCACGUUUACAUCGUCCUCCAUCUCGGCCCCGCGUAGGGGAUGACCGUCACUAGAUCGGAUAUAGAAAAUCAGACGAUUUGAAACCUCUUUGAUGAUUAGCUGAUGGCCCUGUUGCGCGAAGAAAAGCAAAUCGCUCUCUCUGGAUUUGCAAUUUCCAAAAUAUGCAGAUUAUCAAGUAUGCAACCUUCAAAGCCAAUUCGGGACAUAUAUAUAUGCAAAAGGAAGUACGCCACCUCGUCCACAGAUACGCCAUGCCAAAAACCCAGUAAUGCACCGGAAUAAUGCAACCCCCCCAAACAAAAGAAAUUAUUCAGUUAUGCCAAGUCCACGCAGCUCACCACCCCCAGUGCCGCUGCCACCCUCGACGAGAUCCCAUCCGUCUCCAUCCCUGCCUCUUGACCUUUCCCUCUCAUAUUUCCGCACCCUCUGCCCAGCCGCGAUAACAUCCACAGGAACCUUGCCAAACUCGAUGAACCGUCCAUCUCCAAGCUUCAAACCCCCCGGCGACGAGCCGGACCGCGCCAUCGCCUCCCCACCCUGCACCAAAUCUGGACUUUGCCCAGGCGGCGCGCCAAACUUCACAGGCACAACCGGCGACCUCCUACCACGAGCAACACUGCCGGAAGCAGGACUGGUCGAUCGAAUAGACGCGGAUGCUGCAGCCGCCGGGUUCCCCGCCAAUAAGCUCCCGGAGCCGGCGCGGUGACGCCCGGGUGACAUGAGUUCAGAGUGCCGCUCCUCAUACCGCUGAUAACUGGUAUGAAUGUCAGGGAAUGCGGGACCCAUACGCGGCGACGGCUCGGUGCGCACGUCCGACGGCGCGUGGCUGUAGACACUGCCGGACCCACUGCGGCUGCCGCCGGCGUCGUAGCCGUAGUACAUGUAUGGCGGGCCGUGUGGACAGGCGCCCCGGCUGGUAUUCAAGCCGCCAUUGGAAGCCCCCGUUGGAGAAGACCGGGUGCUGGUGAUUGGAACUGGUGGGGUGUGCCUGACGGGCAUGGGAGCGAGGGACUGCUGCUGCUUUUGCGGCUGCGUUUCUCCGCUGGGGUUGCGCGACAUGGGCAGGGACGUGUAGCCAUCCGGCGAGGGGGGAUAUGGAGCUUGCGGCGGCUGUACACUGAGAAUAUAGGGGUACUGAUGUGGCCCACCGCUGGCUCUGUGAUCUUGUCGACGCCCGUAAAUCUUUGGAGGAUAUCCAGUCACCGGUGCAGCGGAAUACUGGUAGCCACCAGUGCUGUUCCGAAUAGACGGUGUGGAGCGUGUCAUGAUGCCCUCUCCAUAGUCACCCUCGUCUCGUAGCGUUUCGAGCAGUUCCGAGGAGGGAAUUCUGGCCCGUCCAGGACUGUAUAGAGGGAGGUCGGUAUCCCACCUUUGAACCGACCCAGGCACAGCCGAACCACCAGUAGCUGAUGGGAACGGCUGGAAUUGCGGACCCCCGCUGGCAACAGACCCGCGCGUUUGGCGCUCAAAUGGAAGACCAGGAGGAGAGAAGGGUGAUGUAAUCUGGCCAGGGCUCGAUUUUGUCGAGCGUGACCCGGCAAAGAGCGUUGAAGGCGCCAGUGGCGGACUGCUAAUGUUGCUCUGCGGCGCAAGUGCAGGACUACUGACGUUGCUGUACACCUUGCUUCCCGGUAGACUAAGUUCGCGAGUCUCAUCCGGAGGCGACUCGGCCACGACCGUGAUUGGAGACUCGGAGUUUGUCUUCCGGUGGUGCUU